GGUGCCGUGUUUCCUGUGUAGAGGAAGCUAGCAAGACUUCUGCAGCAGUACAUUGCAAUGACACCUUAAAUUUCGCGUAGUCAUACCGAUAUCUGUGCUUCAGUCGUAUAUUUUCUAUCGCCACAAUCUUGUAAAGAUGGCAGACACGGGAAAUCGCCUGCGUAACUUACUGGAAUCUCCUAAUUUUGAGCCUCAGUCAUACGUGAAGCAGCUCUCGCAGCAGUCCGACGGUGACCGAGAUUUACAAGAGCAUCGUCAAAAAAUACAAACGUUGGCUGACGAAACCGCACAGAACCUGAAGAAAAACGUCUACAAAAACUACAGACAGUUCAUCGAGACGGCCAAGGAGAUUUCAUACCUGGAAAGUGAGAUGUAUCAGCUCAGUCACAUUCUCACAGAGCAGAAGAGUAUAAUGGAGAGUAUCACACAGUCUCUCCUGUCUUCUGAUAAAGAUGAAACGGCCAAAGAGAUGCUCGCAGCCUUUCCUAAAGAAAGCGAAGAGGUCAAACAAAGAACCCUGACCACACUUCUGGAAAAGGUAGAGGGAUGCAAGAACAUCAUGGAAACCCCAGGCAGAUAUCUGGUUUAUAAUGGAGAUCUCUUGGAGUAUGACGCAGACAACAUGUCACAGAUUCAAAAGGUCCACGCUUUCCUCAUGAACGACUGUCUGCUCAUCGCGACUUGGCUGGCUAACAGACGCGGAGCCGUGAAAUACAAAUACAACGCGCUGUAUGAUCUGGAAAGCUUUGCCGUUGUAAAUGUUAAAGACAACCCCCCGAUGAAAGACAUGUUCAAAAUCCUGAUGUUUCCCGAGAGCCGCAUCUUCAAAGCCGAGAACAGCAAGAUCAAGAAAGAGUGGCUGGAGAUCCUGGAGGAAACGAAGAAAAACAAAGUGGCGAAGGACAAGAACAAAAAGGUAGAGGAGGUGCCGACAUCGCCGGUCAGACAGGAAGUGUCCACAAAUCCCUUCGAUAAAGACGAACCUCUGGAUUCUGAGGAGCUGGUGGAUCUGAGCCCCGAAUGGAUACAGGAGCUGCCAGAAGAUCUUGACGUGUGCAUUGCUCAGAGGGACUUCGAGGGUGCUGUCGACCUGUUAGAUAAGCUGAACGAAUAUCUGAAGGAGCAGCCGGUGUCUCCGCGGGUGAAGGAGCUGAGGGUCAAGGUGGACGAGCGGGUUCGACAGCUGACGGAAGUGCUGGUGUUUGAGCUCUCCCCCGAUCGCUCCCUCCGCGGGGGACCCAAAGCCACGCGGAGAGCCGUCUCCCAGCUCAUCCGCUUGGGUCAAUCCACAAAGGCCUGUGAUCUGUUUUUGAAAAACCGAGCUGCGGCGGUCCGGACUGCCAUCCGCCAGCUGCGCAUUGAGGGCGCCACGUUGCUUUACAUCCAAAAGCUCUGCAACAUCUUCUUCACGAGUUUGCUCGAGACCGCCAGGGAGUUUGAGAUGGACUUCGCGGGCAACACUGGCUGCUACUCCGCCUUCGUGGUCUGGUCUCGCUCGGUGAUGAAAGUCUUCGUAGACGCCUUCAGCAAACAGGUGUUUGACAGCAAAGAGAGCCUGUCCACCGCCGCGGAGUGCGUGAAGUUCGCCAGCGAACACUGCAAGCAGCUGAGCGAGAUAGGCCUGGAUCUCACCUUUAUUUUGCAAACGUUACUGGUCAGAGACAUCAGGGAGGCCCUCCAAAGCCAGAAAGACAUAAUCAUAGAGGCCACGAAGCAUCGUAACUCUGAGGAGAUGUGGCGUAGGAUGAACCUGAUGACUCCUGAAGCUCUGGCCAAACUCAAGGAUGAAAUGCGGAGCUGUGGGAUCAGCAGCUUCGAUCAGUACACGGGGGAAGACUGCUGGGUCAACCUGAGCUACACCGUCGUGGCCUUCACCAAACAGAUGAUGGCGUUCCUGGAAGAGGGGCUGAAGCUGUACUUCCCCGAGCUGCACAUGGUGUUUCUGGAGAGCCUGCGGGAGAUCAUACUGGUGGCCGUGCAGCAUGUGGAUUACAGCCUGCGCUGCGAGCAGGAGACAGAGAAAAAGGCCUUCAUUCUCCAGAACGCAUCGUUCCUGCACGAGACUGUGCUUCCUGUUGUGGAGAGGAGGUUUGAGGAAGGUGUCGGGAAACCGGCCAAACAGCUGCAGGAUUUGAGAAAGAGCUCUCGGUCUGUCAGGGUCAAUCCUGACAGCACUACAUCUCUUGUUUAACAGCUUUGAAUGAACACUGAUUACUUGCGUUAUGUACUAGUUGAGGUCUUAAAAUCUCAUAUAAUUUAGUUCGGUGCACUUUUAAACUCGUACACUCCUUAACUCAAACCACCGAAAGCAAAUCCAGAACACUUCAUCAUUUCAUAGUAAUAAAUGUAUUAAUUUAUUUUAAAGAGAUAAACUGUUGGAUUUUCGAU